UCACACAGUAGUGAUUCAUUAUAUAUAUAGUGGAUGACUGGUCACUUGGAUUUGCUUAGUGAUUUGAAAUCUUAUAUCUUACUUGUGAUAUCGUUUGAUAAGACGUGCGUUCAUCUUUAAAUCAGUAAUUCAAGAGUAAUAUUUAAUACAGCAGUUCAAGAAAAAAAGUUUACUUGAUUACAAACUACUUAGAAAGAAAAAAUUGCAAUAAUGGACCUAAAGCGACCAGAUAGACCAUCUAAGUGCACAUGGAAAGCAAAUGAAGAAAAUUCACCUCACACAAAACGAAUGGAGAUACCAAAUCGCAACAAAAUAUUACCUGACAUUUUAAGUGCAAUCGGUCAGACACCUCUCAUUCGGCUCAAUAAUAUUCCUAAAUCUCAUGGAAUCAAAUGUGAAAUAUAUGUAAAAUGUGAAUUCUUUAAUCCUGGUGGAUCUGUAAAAGAUCGAAUAGCGCAUAGAAUGAUACAGGAUGCAGAAGAAAAGGGAUUGAUAAAGCCAGGAUAUACAAUUAUUGAACCAACAAGUGGCAAUACUGGAAUUGGUCUAGCAAUGGUUGCGGCAGUCAAGGGCUAUAAAUGCAUCAUUGUGAUGCCAGAGAAAAUGUCUAAUGAAAAAGUCUAUGUGCUUCGCGCUCUCGGUGCGGAAAUUGUGAGAACGCCAACUGAAGCUGCUUGGCAUAGUCCAGAAGCGCAUAUCAGUGUUGCUCAAAAAUUACAAAGAGAGAUACCGAAUAGUAUUGUCUUAGAUCAGUAUACUAAUCCUGGUAAUCCAUUGGCACAUUAUGAUUUAACUGCGACUGAACUUUGGGAUCAAUGUGAUGGGAAAAUAGAUUAUGUAGUUGCUGGCGCUGGUACUGGAGGAACUGUCACCGGAAUCGGGCGUAAAUUAAAAGAAUUGUCGCCUGAUAUAAAAAUUAUUGGCGCGGAUCCUAUAGGAAGCAUUUUAGCACAGCCAUCUGAGUUGAAUAAAGGGAACGGUGGUUUCUACGAAGUAGAAGGAAUUGGAUAUGACUUUGUACCGACGGUCUUGGAUCUUAAUAUUAUUGAUAUGUGGAUAAAGACUGAGGAUUGUGAGUCACUAAACGCAGCACGUGCAUUAAUUCGUGAGGAAGGAUUAUUAUGCGGAGGUAGUAGUGGAGCGGCACUUGCAGCAGCAAUUAAAGUCGCUAAAAAUCUGCCGGCAGAUAAACGUUUAAUCGUUCUCUUGCCAGAUGGCAUACGUAACUACAUGACAAAGUUUGUAUCAGAUCAAUGGAUGGAAGCCAGAGAUUUUUUGACGUGCCAAACUUCCAUAGAGACAAACAAAUGGUGGUGGAAUAUACCAUUAUUGAAUUUAACAUUAAAUAAACCUACAUUAUUACCAAAGGGAAUGUCAUGUCAAGAUGCUGUGGAUUUUCUUAAAACUGCUACUAACAUUCAACAAUUAUUGGUAACCGAUAACGAGAAAACACAUGUAAAAGGUGUUAUCACAUCAAAUGCGCUUUUGUCUAAUUUGAUUUCUGGUGCGGUGAAGGGAACGGAUUGCGCGGAGAAAGUCGCGAUCAAACAGUUUACAAAAGUUACGAUCUCAAUUACAUUGGGCAAACUAUCACAUAUUCUUGAAAAAGAAUCUUACGCUGUAGUUUUAAAUAACGAUAAUGCUUUAGUCGGAAUUGUAAAUCAAAAUGACAUUUUUAAUUUCAUAAUUAAGGUUGAUAAUGCAGCACAGAGUAAUGGCAUUUUGUAAAAUUCUCUCAUUUGAUAAGGCAAGAUUGUCAUUUAUACAAUAUCUGUGUAUUUGGAUAAUUAAGAAGCUAUAAAUACAAGAACGAGAUUGAACAAGAUGUUAGAAUUCCUUGCUGCAUUAUUAUUAAAUUUUAU